AGGAUCUGAACCAGCGAAACCCUGGGCCAUCUAAGUGGAGUGUGCAAACUUGGCCCCUAUCAUGAUUAUUUAUAGGGAGUCAGUCUCCCUGGAUAUCUGCAUAGCCAAAUAAAAUGUCAACAUUAAGUGUCUUAUGAAAAUGUUGCAGUCAUCCAUAAAACUCCUCAAAAUGUGAACUUUUGCUCUUUCUAGCAAAAACUGACGAAACUCAGUGCCAAACCAACUCUUCACCCUUGGGAUGCCCUGGCAGCCAUGGUCAUGCUGAGUGCGGGGCUGCCCCUCUGGAGUGCCAGAGGUGGUUUGGGUCUCAAUGCUGAGCUCCACUGAGCUCCAUAGGGCGGCUGGGGCGGCCUGGUGGUUGCCUGGCAGUGUGGCAGAUGGAGACACAACUCCCUCCCAUCCUCUGCUUUGGUGGCUGCAGGGCUCCUGUGGAGGAUGAGAGGGCAACUAGCCCAUCCACCUCCGUGCUCUCGGCUGCCUCCUCCACAACCGGGCUCCUGACUCAGGCCAGCAGCACCAACCUAAGAGACUUUAAGUGAAAAUAUUAAAGACAUUUUGGAGAAAAAGAUCACCUGUAAUUCUGCCAUCUUAACAUAAUUUUACCCAUUUGUUAAAAAUUACCUUCCAGGUCUUGUCCAUGACUAUAUGUUUUCAUGCAGUGGCAAUCUAAUUUGCAUGCUAUUCUAUAUCCUUUUCUCCAUUAAAAUGACCUUUAUUCUAUAUAUCUGACAACUUUUAAUAAUAAAAAACCUGGAGGAAAUAGAAACUUUUGUUUUGUGUGCAGAUACCAGGUAGGUGGGUUUUCUGUAUUUUUCUCUCCCCUCCAAUCCCCUACAUUCCAACAUUAUCGCUAGAUUAGAGGUCAAUCCCCUCUCCUUGGCACCUGCCCAUGGCUAUCUUUACCUACUUGACUAGGCUAUAUAUAUAAUAUAUAUGUAUAUAUUUAUAUGCUGUGUGUGGAUGUGUGUAUUCGUGUAUAUGUAUAUUUUAAACACAACAUCUCACCAUCUUGAAAUCUUCCAUACCCCUCAUACAAACAUGUACCACUGCUUGCUAAUUCUUUCUGUGCCAGUGUUGGCUACCAUGGUGCCAUUUUUCCCAACCACUGUUCCUCCUCGAGAUCCCUGACUGCCUACCCUGUUUAUGUCAGAGCUUUCUUUGACAUCUUUCUCUCUGGGCCUUCUUACCUUUCUCCUUACCCAGUACAAAGCCUGAAUGUGCUUUCACAAAGAAACCUUAAAUUAUCUCAGCAUACUUUAUUGCACUCAGACCUUUUUACAUCCAAAGACUUUUUACCACUCUUCUCCAGUAUUAAUACCCCGUUUUCUUCUGUAUUCACAAUUCCUGUGCUCCAUAUAUACUUAUUUUCUAAAUAUCGUCUUCCCCACUUUGAUUUCACUUAAAUUCUUUUUUUAAAAAAUCCUCUCCCAUCGUUUUCUUUUGGUGCCUUCCUUCAAUCCCAAAGUUUCUGUUUUUUGUCAGUCAUCUUUCUCCCUUUUACUCUUAACCUCCCUGGUAAUUGUUUUCUCACCCUUCUCCAAAAGCUCACACUCGGAUAUGUAUAUUGUGUUCGCUUGAAUGCUUCGGAAUAAAUAUCUGCCUUUCAAAACGGUGCAAUCUAAACUAUUAGCAUGGAAAUAACCCCUGGGAAGAUGAGGUCUCCACUUGAAAGCUUCAAAUAGAGAUGCUCCUGCUAGUGUUGAAUGAUGGAGUUUUAUCUAAUAUCAUCUGGGUGAAAUGGGGUGACUACUUGAACCACUCAAAAUGUCCACUAUUGUGAAAUGAGAAUAAAUUGUCAAUUUUACACUUCUAUCUAGUCCAUGCUGAAGUUCUUUCCAGGGAUGGGAGGAACUCAUAAUCUACAAAGCAACCCAGUCCGUUUUGUACCACUGUUGAUUGUUAUAACCGUUCAUCCUUGUAUUGGGUUAAAAUCUACUGGCUAUACUUAUAUUCAUUGGCUCUAAUUCUGCUCUCAUGCUACACAGAAUUUGGAUCCUUUCUCUACAUGACAGCCUUUUAGAUAUCUAAAGGUAGUUAUUCUAUCCUCUACACCUCUUUCUGCACAAUUUUUUUUUCCCUUUGAGAUAAACACUCUCAACUCUUCCACUAUUCCUCAUAGGACACCAUUUUCAUCAUCCCAAUUACUCUCUGUGGACAUUACACAUUGUUAAUGUCUCUUCUAAAAUGUGAUCAGAACUGAAAAUAAUAUUCACUAUGUAGCUGCAUUGGAUCUGGAUGUGGCACAUCUGGACAUUAGUGCAGACUGAAGUUGCUUUAAGUUUUUUAGCAGCCAUAUAAUGUUGACGCAUGAUGAAUUUGUAAUUAAAAUCCCCAGAUUUUAGGAGGUUUGCCUUCACGACUUCUUUCUAAACCCAGAUUGCAUCUUUCUUUAGUUGUGCAAGAGAUUUUUCAAGUCAGAAUCUAAGACUUUACACAUAUCCCUAUUAAAUUUUAUCUCAUAACCUAUCAGCCAGCCGUGGGUUCUUUGAAUCUUAAUUUUUGUCAUCCAGCUUAUGUUGAUUCAACAAGAGGUUUUGAAGCUAGUGUUAGAAUGUUUUCAGACAUCUGGGAAACAACCAAAAGUCAUGGAGACUGUCUUCCAAAAAUUGUUGUAUGCAGAUAUAACUCAGCUCUUAAGGUGUAUAUAAAUUAAUAUUAUUGUAAGUUGCCAAGGCCAGGAAAGGCUGAAGUCCAUUGCCAGCCUGCAAUUGUGUUGAACAUUACUCCAAGAGAGAUAAUGUUCCAAAACAUAUUGGGCCAACGUAAUGCCAAAAGAGCUGCUAAUUCUUCUCGAGAAAUCAAUCAAUACACAUAUGAAGUAGAGACAGAGUCAUGGUGACCAUUCUUUUAUUUUACGUUUGACAAGCAUAUAUUGAGCACAGUGGCAGGAAACAGUGGGAAAUUGUGGAGAACCAGGUUUGCCUGGGGCAACCCUGAUUUCUGCCUCUUGUCUUAGUGUAAUUAUUAGUUGUGUCAUUUUUCUCUUUCACUUGUGUUCAGGUUCGGAGGAUGAAUUAGCUGGCCACCCUUCUCGUACCCAGUUCCUUUGAGCAUUUUCAUCUGGACUAGAAAAGGUGGACAAGUCCUAUUUUCAAGAGAAGAUGACUUUUAACAGUUUUGAAGGAUCUAAAACUUGUGUACCUGCAGACAUCGAUAAGGAUGAAGAAUUUGUAGAAGAGUUUAAUAGAUUAAAAACUUUUGCUAAUUUUCCAAGUAGUAGUCCUGUUUCAGCCUCAACACUAGCACGAGCUGGUUUUCUCUAUACUGGUGAAGGGGACACUGUGCAGUGCUUUAGUUGUCACGCAGCAGUAGAUAGAUGGCAAUAUGGAGACUCAGCAGUUGGAAGACACAGGAAAGUAUCCCCAAAUUGCAGAUUUAUCAAUGGCUUUUAUUUUGAAAAUAAUGCUGCGCAACCUACAAAUCCUGGUGUCCAGAAUGGUCAGUACAAAGUUGAAAACUAUCUGGGAAACAGAAAUCAUUUUGUUUUAGGCAGGCCAUCUGAGACUCAUGCAGAAUACCUUUUGAGAACUGGACAGGUUGUAGACAUAUCAGAUACCAUAUACCCGAGGAACCCUGCCAUGUGUAGUGAAGAAGCUAGAUUAAAGUCAUUUCAAAAUUGGCCAGACUAUGCCCACUUAACCCCAGGAGAGUUAGCUAGUGCUGGACUCUACUACACAGGUAUUGAUGAUCAAGUGCAGUGCUUUUGUUGUGGUGGAAAACUGAAAAACUGGGAACCUUGUGAUCGUGCGUGGUCAGAACACAGGCGACACUUUCCUAAUUGCUUCUUUGUUUUGGGCCGGAAUGUUAAUAUUCGAAGUGAAUCUGAUGUCGUGAGUUCUGAUAGGAAUUUCUCAAAUUCAACAAAUCUUCCAAGAAAUCCAGCCAUGGCAGAUUAUGAAGCACGGAUCAUUACUUUUGGGACGUGGAUAUACUCAGUUAACAAGGAGCAGCUUGCAAGAGCUGGAUUUUAUGCUUUAGGUGAAGGUGAUAAAGUGCAGUGCUUUCACUGUGGAGGAGGGCUAACUGAUUGGAAGCCCAGUGAAGAUCCUUGGGAACAACAUGCUAAGUGGUAUCCAGGGUGUAAAUAUCUGUUAGAAGAGAAGGGGCAGGAGUAUAUAAGCAAUAUUCAUUUAACCUGUUCACUGGAGGAGUCUCUGGUAAGAACUGCUGAAAAAACAACUGAAAGAAUUGAUGAUACCAUCUUCCGCAAUCCCAUGGUACAAGAAGCUAUACGAAUGGGAUUCAGUUUCAGGGACAUUAAGAAAAUAAUGGAGGAAAAAAUUCACACAUCUGGGAGCAACUAUAGAUCACUCGAAAUUUUGGUUGCAGAUCUAGUGAAUGCUCAGAAAGACAAUACACAAGAUGAAUCAAGUCAGACUUCAUUGCAGCAAGAGAUUAGUGCUGAAGAGCAGCUAAGGCUCCUGCAAGAGGAGAAGCUUUGCAAAAUCUGCAUGGAUAGAAAUAUUGCUGUAGUUUUUAUUCCUUGUGGACAUCUGGUCACUUGUAAACAAUGUGCUGAAGCAGUUGACAAAUGUCCCAUGUGCAACACAGUCAUUACUUUCAAGCAAAAAAUUUUUAUGUCUUAAUCUAACUCUACAGUAGGCGUGUUAUGUUCUUAUGACCCUGAUUGAAUGUGUGAUGUGAACUGACUUUAAGUAAUCAGCAUUGAAUUCCAUUAGCAUUUGCUACCAAGUAGAAAAAAGUGUAAACUGCAGUGUUAUAGAUGGCAAUCUAAAAUUUGAAUUUCUGGAUUUUUCAGGAUAUUAGCUGUGUUAUCUAUCCUUUUUUUUUUUUUUUUUUUUACUGUUAUUUAAUUGAAACUAGACUAAGGAGCAUCCUGUUAUAACUGAUCACAAUGUGUAUUUGUCGUAGACUCACUUAGUUUCUACGUGUCAAUGGAUUAAUGAACUGAAUUUUUCAUUCUUUUCAGAUAGGCUUAACAAAUGGAGCAUUCUGUUUAAAUGUGGAGAUUAGAGUUAAUCUCCCCAAUCAUAUAAUUUGUUUUGUGUGAAAAAGGAAUGAACUGUUCCACACUGGUGAAAAGAUAGAGAUUAUUUUUAGAUGUUUGUCUUUGUGUUUUAGGAUUCUGUCCAUUUUCUUUUAAAAUUAUACACAUGUACUGGGUAGAUGAUUUUUUAAAAAAUGAUUUUGCCAUUGCUAAAAGGAUGUUUAAUGAUAGAAUACCAUCUAGCCUACAUGUACUGAUACAGAAAGAUUUCAAAGAUAUGUUAAGUAUAAAAUGCAAGUGGCAAAACACUAUGUAUAGAAUGAGCCAAAUGAAGGCAUGUGUGUUUUGUGUGUGUAUGUAUAGGACAAAAGAUUUGGAAAGAUACGCUCCAAACUGUUAAAUGUGGUUUCUUUUGGGGGGGGGGAUGGGUCCCAGUGGGGGUUUACAGGGGCCUUUCACUUUCUGGUUUUUUUUUUUUUUUUCAUUUUAUUCUGUUUGAAUUUUUUGUAAGUAUGUAUUACUUUUGUAAUCAGAAUUUUUAGAAAGUGUUGUACUGAUUUAAAGGCUUAGGCAUGUUCAAACGCCUGCAAAACUACUUAUUGCUCAGCUUUAGUUUUUCUAAUCCAAGAAGGCAGGGCAGUUAACCUUUUUGGUGCCAAUGUGAAAUUUAAAUGUUUAUAUGUUUUUCCUGCUUUGUGGAUGAAAAAUAUUUCUGAGUGGUAGUUUUCUGACAGGUAGACCAUGUCUUCUUCUCUUGUUUCAAAAUAAAUAUUCCUGAUUUUGUAAAAUGAAAUAUAAAAUAUGUCUCAGAUCUUCCAAUUAAUUAGUAAGGAUUCAUCUUUAAUCCUUGCUAGUUUAAGCCUGCCUAAGUCACUUUACUAAAAGAUCUUUGUUAACCCAGUAUUUUAAACAUCUGUCCGCUUACGUAGGUGAAAGUAGACGCGUGUUUGUACACUGCUCGUAGUUCUAGUGACGGCUUUCCAUGUUGAGAUUCUCAUAUCGUCUUAUGUCUUAAAGUUUCGUGUGAGUUUUUACCGUUAGGAUGAUUAAGAUGUAUAUAGGACAAAAUACUGAGUCUUUCCUCCACCUAACUGUUUUUGUUUUCUUGACUAGUAUUAGUAAGAGAGAACUUCUGAAAUAAAUGUUCUCUCAAGAUCCUUACAAACCUCUUGGAAAUUAUAAAAUAUUGCCAAGAAAAGAAGAAUAGUUGUUUGAAUAUUAAAGAGAAAAUAAAACUUAAGAAUCAAUGUAGAUAAAAAAUGGAAGUUGAAAAAUGCUUCAUAGAACACCCAAGCUUUACGGUACAAGAUUCUCACACGACCUGUUGUAGCAGUGAGUGAGACACUUUACUGCAGAGAAAAGUUUGAGAGUAAAACUGUAAAAAUUAUAUUUUCGCUGUAUUUUCUAAGAGAAAGAGUAUUGUCAUGUUCUCCUAAUCUCUGUUGAUUACUACUUUAAGUGAUAUUCAUUUAAAGCCUUGCAAAUUUAAAUAAGAAGUUUUUAAAUUAAAUAAUGGCUGCCCUGUUGUUGUUUUACUGUGUAAAUCCUCAGUUCUUUACCUUUGCACUGUGUUCCACUUAGAUUUAGUCAUAGAUUCAUUGUUAGAUUUUACAUGUUUAGUCUAAGCUUUAAAUUUAAAUUACAAGGGGAGAAAAGUGUUAAAGUUUUUAAAAUGUGUUUUCCAGGACACGCCAGCUCCAAGUGAGGGAGGCAGUUCGAUCUAGUUGUUGGCCGAGGACUGAAUUGUUUUAACAUAAGGCUUUUCCUGUUCUGGGAGCCUCAGUUCAUUAAAACUUUUGAAGAACUUGCAUGUUUAGAGUUAAGCAAGACUUUUUUUCUCCCCAUGAGUUGUGAAAUUUAGUGCAUGAGGCUGAUGUGGCUAACAAGUUUAUUUUAAGAAUUGUUUAGAAAUGCUCUUGCCUUCAGGUCCUUAAAUCACUCAGCACUCCAACUUCUAAUCAAAUUUUUUAAGACUUAGCAAUGUUUGUCUGUGUUCGCACUAUAAAAAGCACUGGAUCCUUCCCACGUAAUUGUGCAAAAAGUAAUCACUUGCAAGGUCAGACAGAAGUAGAACCAGAUCCAAAUCUCUGCCUCUCCCCUUCCCAAAAUAGUUGCAGUAUCUACAUAUAGACAUUCCUUUUCUGUGUAAAGUGCACUCUAAGAUUUCAAAGUCACCACCUAUUUUACUACAUUUUAGUCACGUGAAGGGUCAAAUUGUUUUGUAAUAGUUAUCUUUAUUCGUAAGAAUUUGGUGUCCUUGUGUUAAUUUUUGAGAAAUGGGUUUAAUGUUUAUAAGAUAAAUUCCAGUUUAUUAGUGAAGGGCUGUAUAUUGCCUUUCUUGAUAGAUUUUUCCCCCUUCGGUUAGGGGCAAAGAUGGGGCAGGGUGGAUGUAGUGAGUGUAUAUAAUGUGAUUUGGCCCUGUGUAUUAUGAUCUUUUGUUGUUAUUUAAAUUUUGGUAGGUUUUUUCCUCUUUUCGUUUUAGUGGAUAAAAUUUGUAGUUUGAACUCUGAAUGGAGACUACCACCACGGCAUUACUUGCGUGUAUUGUACCAUUUUAGACACAAAUCAGUGUUUUCUGAUUAGCCAGGUAUUGAAUGGAGAAGAGGGAUGGAGUGGUGGGAGAAAUGGGAUGUGUCGUGUAUCAUUUCCAUUAGAAGUUAUGAGAGUUCAAGGAGACCAUGUAUGUAAAAUACUUGCUAUAAAUGUUAAUUCCCUAACACUCUUUUACCCUCCAUGGGUCUACCUUGAUUUUGGAAAUUUGGGCUAAGACUUAGGGGAUAACUCUUUCAGUGACUCUUACUCAUCCUUUUUGGUGUUUCUCAUAGUUAAGAUGUAAACUGCAAUAAAUGGAUAGGUCAAGCCCUUAAAUGUGUUUAAAUUCCUUUUUUAAAAACUUGAAAAAAUUAUUCUUAUCAAGUUUAGUUGAGCUUUCCUAAUAGAAACAAUUGACUUAUUCCUACGUUUAUAAUUGCUUUCAAUUUGACUCUUAGACGCUUAUUAGCACAGUGUGAAUUUUAUUUGCAGCAUAAUGGAAUCAUAGGGUCUCAGAGCUAGAAGUGACCUUAGAGAGUAUCUAAUUCAUCCCCCUCCUUUUUCAGAUGAGGCAACUGAGGCUCCGAGGUGAAGUGAUUUGUUCAAAGCUGUGUAGCUAGUUAGUGGCACCCCAUAUUGGGACAUGGUUUGAAGGUGAAAAACUUGAGCUCUCUCCUGGGAGGUCUCAAAUGUUUAUUUUUUUCAACUAUUCUUUCCCCUAUGCCAUGGAUUUCACUACAUAUUAAAUGACACUUUAUAACUAAUACAGUAGGACAAUCUUAAAUCCAUAUAUCUUCAAAUUGUACAAUACUACAUUAAUGUUUGGGUGGUAAGAUUCUAUUUUGAAGUCUAAAGUUUGCAGGUAUGCAUAUAGAUUUUUUGGCAUUUACUAGAUCCUUAUUGUAUAUCAUUAAUGUAACAUUUAAACUUACUAUAUAAGUAUAUUUUGUCAUUUUGUCUAUACUUAGUAACAAAUAUGCAUUUUUGAUUUGAUGUAACAAAGGCUUUAAUGUAAUUUCUGUUAGAAAAUUUUGCAUUUUUCAUAUUACUGUUAUACUUUAUCUAACCUGACAGAAUGGCUGAUUUUUAUGUCAUUGUAUUAGUGUUGUGAAUAAUUGUGUGAAAUAUUUUCAGAUAGACUACUAUAUUUGUGAAUAUAAUUUUACGGCUUUUUUCAUUUAGUAGAAAUCUUUCCAUCAGUAUGGAAAACUAAGAAAACUGCUUUCUACUGUAUAAUCUGGCAGUCAUCAUAGAUUAAAGCUUAUUUUUCUGUGAAUAAAACUUAUUCAAUAAAGUACUAUUCUUUAAAAUGA